GUUUCAUCCCCGGCCCCCGCCGGCCGCUCUCUCGCCUGCCCGCUGGCCCUCCAGUCCGCCCAGCCUGCCCAACCCUCCUUCGGUCCCUCCCUCGCUGUUCCCUGGCGGGGUCCGCGGCAGCUGCGGCCACCCCCACCUCCUCCUCCGCCGCUGCUGGCGCUCCUGCAGGACGGGGAGAGGUGGGGGGGUGGCUGUCUGGGGGGGUCAUGGCGAACUGCGUGGGGAGCCGGACCCUGAGCAAAGACGAUGUGAACUACAAGCUGCAUUUCCGGAUGAUCAACGAGCAGCAAGUGGAGGACAUCACCAUCGACUUCUUUUAUCGGCCGCACACCAUCACCCUGCUCAGCUUCACCAUCGUCAGCCUCAUGUACUUCGCCUUCACCAGGGAUGAUUCUGUUCAAGAAGACAAUAUUUGGAAAGGCAUCCUCUCUGUUAUUUUCUUCUUUCUCAUCAUCAGUGUGUUAGCUUUCCCCAAUGGUCCUUUUACUCGACCACAUCCUGCUUUAUGGCGAAUGGUUUUUGGCCUCAGUGUACUUUAUUUCCUGUUUCUGGUAUUUCUUCUCUUCUUGAACUUUGAACAAGUAAAAGCUGUAAUGUACUGGCUAGACCCAAACCUUCGUUAUGCCACAAGAGAAGCUGAUAUCAUGGAAUAUGCUGUCAACUGUCAUGUCAUCACCUGGGAGAGGAUUCGCAGCCAUUUUGACAUAUUUGCAUUUGGACAUUUCUGGGGUUGGGCUAUGAAGGCCUUAUUAAUUCGUAGUUAUGGACUGUGCUGGACAAUCAGUAUUACCUGGGAGCUAACUGAGCUUUUCUUCAUGCAUCUUCUGCCUAAUUUUGCUGAGUGCUGGUGGGAUCAAGUCAUUUUGGACAUCUUGUUGUGCAAUGGAGGUGGCAUCUGGUUGGGAAUGGUAGUGUGCCGGUUUUUAGAGAUGAGGACUUAUCACUGGGCCAGCUUCAAGGACAUUCACACCACUACAGGGAAAAUCAAAAGGGCUGUGUUGCAGUUCACUCCCGCUAGCUGGACAUACGUUCGGUGGUUCGAUCCCAAGUCUUCAUUCCAGAGAGUGGCUGGAAUAUACCUUUUCAUGAUCAUCUGGCAGCUGACUGAACUGAACACCUUCUUCUUGAAACAUAUCUUUGUGUUUCAUGCUAGCCAUCCAUUAAGUUGGUGUAGAAUUCUCUUCAUUGGUGGGAUCACUGCACCUACUGUUAGACAGUACUAUGCUUACCUCACUGACACACAGUGCAAACGAGUGGGAACACAGUGCUGGGUAUUUGGAGUCAUUGGUUUCCUGGAAGCAAUUGUUUGCAUAAAAUUUGGGCAAGAUCUCUUCUCCAAAACUCAAAUACUUUACGUUAUACUUUGGCUGCUUUGUGUGGCUUUUACUACUUUCCUCUGUUUAUAUGGUAUGGUUUGGUAUGCAGAGCACUGUGGUCACCGAGAAAAGACCUAUUCUGAGUGUGAAGACAGCCCUUACAAUUCAGAUGUUUCCUGGCUUCAUUCUAAGUUUACAAAAGGUACUGAAGAGAGCCCACCCAAACAUUCGGGAAAUAACGAAAGCCAUUCUUCCAGAAGAAGGAAUCGCCAUUCUAAAGCAAAAGUAACCAAUGGAGUUGGGAAGAAAUAAUAAAACGGAACCAAAACCCUGGUUUAUCAAAGAUGUUCCAGAGAGUGCCUAGAAUUGAGAGUGACACUGGUCUAGUUCUGACUUCCCUAUUAAAAGGUUAAUAUGUGUAGAGAAAACCAGAUGAGGGGAAGGAAAGUAUGGGAUGGGGGAAUCCUUGAGGGAAGGCUAAUCUCCUGUUUCACACGGAUCCUAUAUUUCAGAUCAUUGCCUGCCAGCCCUUGCCAUUUCCCAGUCUCUUCUACCUUCUACUCCACCCCUUUCUUUCCCCAGGAGAGUCACAGUGUGUCCAAAGGGAGAGGGAGCUGUUUUUUCACCCUUGCCAGUGUCGAAGGGUCCAAGAUCCAUUUUUAAUCUGUUCCUUCAGGCAAGAGCAUGAGCCCCAAGGAAAGUGGACCUGUCACCAGUUUUGUUUUUCAGUCAGUCACAUUGUUUUUAUACUUGGGUUGAUUUCUUUAAGCCACUCUCCUGUCAACUAUUCUUCAGUGGCAACAGGGAAAGCCUUCUGUAGCCAUUGUAGGAAUCGUUUACCUUAAGGGGAAAAUGGGGGCAUUUUUGUUAUUGCUGAUAAGGGUCCCUUAAAAAAAAUGACUCAAAUAUCAGAAAUCCAUGAACCUUCGGAGAGGGCUAACUGUCUGUAGAGGAUGCUGGGCUUCAGAUCUCAGCCUUUUUAAGUUGUUCCAUGCAGAAUGGCCUUUGUUUAGUCUUCUCUACACCACUCGAGCAAGCCUGUGACAAAGGCAGUGACCCGACAGUUUCUGUCCACAACCAGGUGCCUUUCACAUUUUAUCUCGUGUUUUCUUUCCAUGGUGUAUUAGCUGACAUUAAGUGUCUUUUAGUCACAUGGGAGGUGCUUGGUAAGUAUAUUAUCCUGUCAUCCUCACCAUGCUUUUUAGAACAUUUAUCUUUACAAUUCACCUUCACCUCCACUGAAGCCCAGUUUUAAAUAAAACAGUUUCUGUUAAAGGCCAUCAAAGGCCUUGUUUUAACAUUCUCUAUGAAAUCACUUCUCAUUUCUUUAGAAACUCAAAUGAAUCCUCAAUCUACUUCUAAGAAAUUACUGACAUUGCCAUGGACCUGUACGUAACAUGACUAUGUUAGAUAUCUGUUUCCAAAUUUUUCUAGGUGAUCAGUGACAAGUAAACAACAUUUUCCUUGUUUAUGACUAUGAUGAUGAUUUCAUCAAUCAAGUUGAAUUUUUUCCUAAUAAGUGGUCAAUGCAUAUGUGAUUGACCAUUGACCUUUAGUUUCAGACUUGCUGAAAGAAAUCCAUUUGUUCCCACAUCUUGUAGAAUACAGAUGUUCAAAUGUCUUCUCACUCACCUCCCCCCACAAGGAAACCCUUAAUAAUAGAUGGGUCAUGUUUUUCUUAUUCCGCAAAAGAAUUCUGAGGUGAAAGGGUUAAAUGAAUCAAGUGAGUCCGGGGUCACUUCCUGUGCUCUGUGCCUCUUAGAGACAACUUGGUUGUGGAGCCAAAAGAGACCAGCCUAACAGCCAGACUUGUUAAGUACACAAGUAUCAGGAGACACGUUGUCCAUGGGAUAACUUAAUUGUAAGAAGUUUAACAAAGGGAAGUUACAGUGAUUGGCCACAAGCUGUGUGUUAUUAAGUGCUUUAACAAAUCCCUACCAUUCCCAAGCAAGGUUUGGAACUAGGAAAAAAAAAGUGCAAGUUUUAUUAGAGCACUUUCUAUAGGCCAACAAACUUCUAUUCUUUAAAAAAAAAAGUUGUACAAUUUAAAUUAUUUCAACUUAAAAGCUCCAUUGCUUCCCCCUCCCCCCACAACCAUGUUAAAUGUUAUAACACAAGAGGAUGGCAGAAGAGAACUAAAAACAUGAAACAUAUUUCUGCAUUUUGCUUUCAUUCCCACUGUGCACUGUGUCCAUACCCUACCCAUCACCCCUUCUCUGAGCAUGUGGCACACCACUGGCUGCGUGUGGAAGUUAAUUUUCCUGAUGAGUGAAGUGUGGUGCCAAUGCAACAUGUUUCUGUGUGCCAGAACCUUUUGCCUGAUUUCUUUUCACUUAGAAACUUGAACAGAGGAAAUUGGAGAAGGAGGCACCUGUUGAACAGGUGGUCAAUCUCACUGUACUGUACAGGGCGAGGCCCCGAGAUCAUUCUUCCCCAGCUCGGCCAGGAGCAGCCAGGAAAGUAGCAGAAUGUUAAAGGAAAUGUUCUCAUUUGCUUCCUGUGCUGCUUUUCCUCUUUGAAUUAAAGCUUUUUUCCCCUACAAGAAAGAGUUUUUCAUGACUUAUAUGGUGGUUGCAAAAAAAAGAAAAAGUGCUUUCCCUAGCUCGCCAAAGCCACAGCUAAGAUUUCCUUCUGCUCCGACAGUAACGCUGCUGGCUGAAAUCAGCCUUUUCCACCCCCGUUUCCAUGGAUAUGGACUUCACAUUACCAAAAAUAGAAUAAAAUGCUUUAAAGUUGUCACUUGAUAGCUGAAGUGAUUUGAUUUUAAGGCAUUUAUCCCAUUUCCACUGGGCCAUACAUUGACUACUUUUGAGGGGAAACACUUGUUCCAGACUGAAUGAGAAUUUUUGAUGCAUUUUCCCAUUAGUGGUACUUAAAAAAAAAAAGUGUUAAAGGCUAGUUUGUUUUGUUUUGUUUUUUGCCUGUCCCCAAUAUUUCCAUGGCCUCUCACCACUUUUCCCAUGUCUGUUCUUCUCAUCUGUAAAAUGAAAUGUAGUGUACUUAUCUCACUGGGAUGCCAGGAAGUUUUUAUUGCUUCGUUAAGCAUUUUGAUCAUGAAAAAUAAAUGCUUGUCUGUCAUUUUCAUUAAGCCUGAUUCUCCAGUUUGUUAGGAUAAGUGAGUGAAAUUAAUGAAAAGUGAAAUCAAAUUCUUUCCCAAAUACUGAGCAGGUUCAGUAUUACUGAUGUUUUCUCUGGGCCACUGGCUAGCAUUUCAAGUGCCCUUUUCAUCUGGCAUUUGAUUUUGACUGCUGGAAACUGCUCUUGUCGAUUUCUUUCAUUCACUCAUUCAAUCCAGAAUGGGGUUGGUUAUUGAGGAGAGCCCAGCCACUGAGAAGAAGGCUACAAACUCAAAGUAAGCAGGGAAAACUCACCAAUGAAAACCAUUAAUGGGGGUGAGGGAGGAAGCUUUAAAGAUGGAGUUGCAAAAUAAAUCCAUGUGCCUAAUUGCCUAAAUGAAUUGUAUUCAUCAACUACUAGGAAAGAAGUUCUGGUCUUCUAUCCUCUUUUUGUUUAUUAGCGCCACUCAUGUAUAAUAAUACUCUCUUUUUAUCUAAAAGGUGAUGUUAUCAAAAGGAGCAACAGAUGUGUUAGGGAUGUACUAUGAAAAUUCCCCUUUAUCAUCAAUUCUGACACUGAAAUCACUUCUUAACAAUAGGUCAGAAUCGUAUUUGGCAGUGAUUCAUUAAGCAAUGCACAUCACUCCCCCCUCCCUGUGCCUUGCACAUAGUAGGUGCUCAUUAAAUGUUGAAUAAAUUAGUGUAUUGUUGCUCGUGUGUAUGUCUAGUAUUUUUUAUUUUGUCUUUUUUUAUGAGUUAGUAAUUCCCAGUUGGCUGCGAUUUUGGCCAAUUUUUAAAAAUCACAUUCCUCAUUAUUCCAUUGUACCAAAAGUAUUGGGGAUUACCAUCAGGAAAAGUUACGGCUUUUUUCAGGUGGGCUGGUAUUUGUCUUUUUGGUUAAAUAAGAUGUAUGAAUGAUAAAUACUUUAUUUUGUUUUCUUGUUCAAGUUUUGUGAAUUUUAAGAGGCAGUAUUGAUGUCAGCCCUAGGGCAAAAACAAAUUGCUGGACAGGAAUUAUUUUUUGAUUGUUGCCUAAAUUGUAAGAACGACCAUGAUCCUAAAAGCUCUUCAUUUAAUGCUGCCUUUGAUCUCUACCUCUCAAAUGAAUCAGUGACUUUUUUGUCAUUCCUUCAUUCCACCAUUGCAGUCUGCGACAUGGAUUCUGAUGCUGUUUGCUGUACAGGAGCCCAGUAUUAGGCUGUCUGUUGUCAUGCCCCUUACAUAGCUUUGUGGUUUUCUACAUGUCCAAAGGCUCACAUGCUACAUCUAUCUAGGUAAUCCUAGUGUGUAUUGCAUAGAUGUAAUUAUUAAUGGCAACUAGCUCCUACCGACACUAUUGUAAUUGUUUCCUUCCUGUUCUCUCUGCCGCUAGUUUUUUUUUUUUCUUUUCAAACCAAUCUGCCCUAUAACUGCCAAUGAAAUCUUUCUACUGUACGGCUUCAUUGUGUAACUCCUCUGCUCAAAAGCCUUCAGUUGCUCCCCAUUCCCAUAGGAUAAAAUAUAGAACACCUUAGGUUG